AUGGAACAGUUAGUGACACUUUUUAUAUUGGUUUUUUCUGCAUAUUUUGUCUUCCGUGGUUCCUACAAUUUUGUAUGGUUUAAGGUAAAUGUGUUGUUCGAUAACAUAUCGCUUCAUUGUGAUGAGGAUUUUGACUCUCUUUCCACCAAUUUGAAAGGUAAAUUAAAUGAGUAUAAGGACACGUUUAUCCAGAAAUUUUACAGUGAAUAUUCCAUUUCCUCGAAAAAGAUGGUUGAAUCGAUACGAAUAUUAUUUUCAAUCGCUGCUGUUUCCUACGUUAUUACCAUGGAAAUUGUACUCCGACAAAUUAGAAUUGCUAGCAGUGAGACGAAGUUUGAUUUUAUAACGAAUUGGAUAUGGCCUUUCACAUCUAUGAUGCUUUCUCUGAUUCUAAUUCUAAUUCAACCAUUUUUCAUUUUCAUUAGUUUACUCAAUAAAUUUUAUAAUGAUACCUUCGAUAUGGAUAGACUAGUCAUGGUUACAAGCGCUAUCCUUUUUGUAUGCAUUACCACACUAGCGUUAGUCAAUUUAGGACCAUUUCAAUAUACUUCAAAUAUCCUAACUAGACUUUCAAUCGGCGGAGUCACUAUUAUGGCCAUGCUGUCAGGUAUAGCAUGUGCUUCGACUCUAUACUACACUUACCUAUUUAUUAAAAAUAGAAGUAAAAGGAAAUAUCUUCCCAUAAGCAGCACAGCGGCUGACAGUAUCCAAAAUAGGAAACUACUACUCUGGUCCAACAGAAGUCGGUUUCAUGAAAAGUUGGACUAUUAUCAAAAUCAGGUCAGGGAGAAUAUUGCCACUUUGGAAUCCCUAGAUAAAGAAAAUGAUGAAUCCUAUAAGUUUAAAAAUGACCAUUUAUUGGAGAAAAUUAGUAUUUACCAAGUUGAAAUUUCACAUUUACAAGACGCCAUAAAUGAACCAUCCCAUGUUACAUAUAUUAAACGAUGUUUUGAAUUUAUGUUCCUAAUUUAUUGUGCACAUAAAGUCAUUUUCACUUUCACAAGAAAGAUUCCGUUGAUUCUCAUUCACUUAAUAAAUCAUCCAAAGGAUUAUGAGUUCCAAUAUUUCGAUAACUUAUCAGAUCCUUUGGCAGUUACAUUCGCGAAUAUAUUAGAUUUUUUCCUAUUCCAUUUUAAUUACCAACAUGAUUUAGAUUCACUGACAAAUCAAAUAUCACUUUUACUUUCUGCUUCGCUUUUCAUCAUGUCAUUAUCCACUGUAAAUACCACAAUUUCAUUCAUAUUAGCAUUACUUCCGGCAAAGUUUCAACUAUUGGCUGUUUUUGCUAUGCAAAGUACAGAAAAUGUAAACGAGUUACCUUUGUAUAAGUCUCAAGUGACAACUAGAAAAGGUCCAUCCAUUAUCAAAAACCUUUUAGUAUCUGAACUAACUGGAGUCUAUGUUGUAGCAACUAUUUUAAUGAUCAGAUCAAAUUUACCCUUUGAGGUAGCAUCAUCAUUGAAGUACUCUUUGGGCGAUAAAUUUACAAUACCGAGUAUAGUAAUAGAUUGCUGGUUUGAUCAGAUAUAUGGCAUAUUCUGUAUCCUAACAAUUGCAUUUAUUAAGUUAGCAGAAAGAACUUUACUACUGAGAAGUAAACCAACCAAAUUAUCCACCCGCAUGUCCCCAAACUAA